CAAAAUACUCAAACCGGAUGUAGUGAUUUGUAAUUUUCGAUUUGCGUUUCUUUGUAUUUAGCAGGCCUGUUUAGGAAACAGCCAUCAUGCAUUUGACAAUUACUACGUUAGAUGAUCAUAUAAUGAAUGUAGAAGUUAGUGAGGACCUUGAAAUAGAAAAUUUGAAGGCUCAGUGUGAGUUCGAACUUGGUGUUCCGUCUGCCAAUAUCGUUUUGACAUGGGAGGGUCGUCCCCUGGUUGAGGAGAAGAAGACAUUAAAGGCGUAUGGGAUUAAAAAUGGGGACAUGCUUUUGCUUCAACAAAUGAGAGGCCAACAGCAACAGGCUGCACCACAAGCAGCUGGAAGUGGAUUAGGUGCAGGUAUUCCACAACUUGAUUUCGGCAACAUACAGAUGCCUGGUACCUCUCGCCCCCCUCCAAAACCUGAUCUUGAAGAUCCGUUGGUUAUACUAGAACUUAUCAAGAACAAUCCACAUGAAAGAGCUCUGCUAAAAGAACGGAAUCCACCUCUGUCAGAUGCCUUAGAAAGUGGCAAUACUGAGAGGUUUGUAGAGGUGUAUAGAAGACAGAGGGACCAGCGGUUAGAGAAGGAGAGAGAAAGGAACAGAUUGUUACAGAUGGAUCCAUUUAAUCCUGAAGCUCAAAGACUUAUAGCAGAGGAAAUCAGAUUGAAGAAUGUUGAGAGCAAUAUGGAGUCGGCAAUAGAGUUUGUACCUGAGAGUUUUGGUCAGGUGAUCAUGUUGUAUGUAGACUGUUUAGUAAACGGACAUCCUGUCAAGGCAUUUGUUGAUUCUGGUGCACAGAUGACCAUCAUGAGUCAGGCAUGUGCGGAGAGAUGUAGUAUAAUGAGGCUGGUGGACACACGAUGGGCAGGGAUUGCUAAAGGUGUUGGUACACAAAAUAUCAUAGGCAGGGUGCAUCUAGGUCAGAUUCAGAUAGGCAAUGACUUUCUACAAUCUUCAUUCUCCAUCUUAGAAAACCAACCAAUGGAUAUGCUUUUAGGUCUCGAUAUGUUAAAAAGACAUCAGUGUGUUAUAGACUUACAAAAAAAUGAGUUGCUUAUUGGCACCACUGGUACAAGGACACCAUUUUUACCAGAAAACCAGCUUCCUGCUCAUGCCCGAAUCAACUCACAAUCUCAGGAACCAGACGAGGAUCAGCAGUUGGCAGCAGCAUUACAGAAAUCUGCUGAGGAAGCGGCUGGAGGUUCAAACACAAGCACAUCAAGCAAAAGUGAUUCAGACAGGUCUAAAACAUUAACUGCUACACCACCAAAUCCCGGACAGUCAACAUUAAGUGGUGGUGCCACAUCUAAUGGUGCAAAUAGUUCUCAGUCAUCAAGUUCAGGAUCAUUCUCAGCUCAGGCUGGUGCCAGUGGCGCUCAGGCAGCAUUUUCCGAAACUGUGAUAAGGAGACUCGUUGAAAAAGGAUAUAAUCGCCAUGACGUUCUUGAAGCUCUGACAAAUGCUAAUGGUGAUGAACAAAAAGCUUCCAUAGCUUUAUUUGCAAAAUCUUUGAAGUUUUAACGAAUGCUUAUAGCUUAAGUUUGAAGUAUGUAUCAUUCCAUUAAGUAUUACCAAUUACCAGAUAUACCUGUUGUCUUAACUGGGUCAGCUGCAUCAUUGACAGAUCUCAGCAGUUACCUUUCUGGAUUGUGUGUAAAAAAUGGAAAAUUGAUCAAAAUUUGUUCAGCAUAUACAUGUAUAAUAUAGUUCAAUAGACAAGGUUGAAGAAACACGGUUUUAUGUUCAAUCUUUGUGGAAACACCAUGCUCUGCUUAAGCCAUUUUUGUAGCCUGCUUGGUUAAUAGUAUGAAAAUGUAAUAUUUUCACAGGCAAGAAAUUUCAUGGUUUUUGUUUGUUUUUUUUUUUUUUUUUUUUUUUGCCAAAAUGGAUGUUUCACAGGAAUAUGAAUUUGUAGAUUUCAGCCUUUUUACAUAUAAUGAAUGGGCAUUUUACUUGUUCUUUGGGAACAUAUUUUGUGAAUUGACCCAUAAAUGAGUGCAAUCUAUGAAAGUUUGUCCCAAGUGAAUAUUCAUGAUUUCACAGUCUAGAGCUUAAAACUUCCCAUUUUUAGCUCACAUGUCACAAAGUGACAGUGUGAGCUUUUGUGAUCACGCAGCGUCCGUCGUCGUUGCGUAAACUUUUGCUUGUGACCUCUCUAGAGGUCACAUUUUUAUGGGAUCUUUAUGAAAAUUGGUCAGAAUGUUCAUCUUGAUGAUAUCUAGAUCAAGUUUGAAACUGGGUGACAUGCGGUCAAAAACCAGGUCAGUAGGUCUAAAAAUAGAAAAACCUUGUGACCUCUCUAGAGGCCAUAUUUUUCACAAGAUCUUCAUGAAAAUUGGUCAGAAUGUUCACCUUGAUGAUAUCUAGGUCAAGUUCGAAACGGUCACGUGCCUUCAAAAACUAGGUCAGUAGGUCAAAUAAUAGAAAAACCUUGUGACCUCACUAGAGGCCAUAUUUUUCAUGGGAUCUGUAUGAAAGUUGGUCUGAAUGUUCAUCUUUAUGAUACCUAGGUCAAUUUCGAAACUGGGUCAACUGCGGUCAAAAACUAGGUCAGUAGGUCUAAAAAUAGAAAAACCUUGUGACCUCUCUAGAGGUCGUACUUUUGAAUGGAUCUUCACGAAAAUUGGUCAGAAUAUUCACCUUGAUGAUAUCUAGGUCAGGUUCGAAACUGGGUCACAUGCCGUCAAUAACUAGGUCAGUAGGUCAAAUAAUGAAAAAACCUUGUGACCUCUCUAGAGGCCAUAUUUUUCAUGGGAUCUGUAUGAAGUUGGUCUGAAUGUUUAUCUUGAUGAUAUCUAGGCCAAGUUCGAAACUGGGUCAGCUGUGGUUAAAAACUAGGUCAGUAGGUCUAAAAAUAGAAAAACCUUGUGACCUCUCUAGAAGCCAUAUUUUUCACAAGAUCUUCAUGAAAAUUGGUCAGAAUGUUCACCUUGAUGAUAUCUAGGUCAGGUUCGAAACUGGGUCAUGUGCCGUCAAAAACUAGGUCAGUAGGUCAAAUAAUAGAAAAACCUUGUGACCUCUCUAGAGGCCAUAUUUUUCAUGGGAUCUGUAUGAAAGUUGGUCUGAAUGUUCAUCUUGAUGAUAUCUAGGUCAAUUUCGAAACUGGGUCAGCUGCGGUCAAAAACUAGAUCAUUAGGUCUAAAAAUAGAAAAACCUUGUGACCUCUCUAGAGGCCAUACUUUUGAUUGGAUCUUCAUGAAAAUUGGGCAGAAUGUUCACCUUGGUGAUAUAUAGGUCAAGUUUGAAACUGGGUCACGUGCCAUCAAUAACUAGGUCAGUAGGUCAAAUAAUGAAAAAACCUUGUGACCUCUCUAGAGGCCAUAUUUUUCAUGGGAUCUGUAUGAAAGUUGGUCUGAAUGUUCAUCUUGAUGAUAUCUAGUUCAGAUUCAAAACUGGGUCACAUGAGCUCAAAAACUAGGUCACUAUGUCAAAUAAUAGAAAAAAAACGACGUCAUACUCUGUUCAAAACUGGGUCAUGUUGGGACAGGUGAGCGAUUCAGGACCAUCAUGGUCCUCUUGUAAUAGGGAGUUAUUGGUUUUUAUCCUGGGCAGAGCAGUAUGCUCUACAUUGUGAUUGACUGAGGACAGUGCAUCUAAGAUUAGUCAUCUGCCAUCUUUACUUUAUGUGGGAAAGUUGUCAGUUACUUGUAGAGAACAGGGUAAUACUGGCAGGGAAUCCAAGAACACAAUUUUGAUAAGUGAACUGACUGAUCAAGGAAAUGAAAUACUGUAAAAAAAAAAAUAAACUACUUAAAACCUUUACACAAACAAAGCAGCUGAUUAGAUUUAAUAUUUUAGCUAGUCACAGGAAGUGAAAAUCACAUUUUUAAAAAAGAAGUGGAAAUGCACAUAAUUUCUGUUAUUUUUUGCCUCAAAAUUUGAAAUGAUUACAUUUUGAAGAUAAAAAACACUGUUUCUUUUCAUUUGAAACAGCUUUGAAAACCAUAUAUUAAACAUUUUUUCUUUGUGUUUUAUUUUGUGAAGUAAAAAUUAAGACAAACGCGUAGUUAGCCAUGUUGAAUUUUAUUUAUUGACAUAGUGGCAAAGAAUUACAUACCCAUAAUUAUAGAGUACCAGUAAGUGGCAGGUUCAGAAUAUUUUAUUUUGGUGUCUUUUCCAACUUACCUGGUAUUCAGACACAUCCAUCUUUGAAGCAUGUAUAGAAGUUGUUAGUAAUGGUUCAGGGUUCUAGCCAGAAAUUUUGGAAGGCAUUGCAGUAAAAUUUUGAGGCACCAAGGACGGAGCAGAGAGUGCAGUAAGGGUUUCCCCUCCUCCUGGAGGGCAUAUAGAGGCCUCUCCUAGAAUAAUUUGGUUUAAAUGAUUCUUUGGCGCAUUCUAGUGUUGUUAGAUUUUCAGAUCGGUGCCGCUGGUGCAGUGAUUUAUUUUUAGUGGUGCCAGCAUGGUGCCGGUUUUAAUCUAUUUUUAGCUUACCUGUCACAUAGUGACAAGGUGAGCUUUUGUGAUCACCCUUCGUCCGUCAUCUGUCCGUCAGUCUGUCGACAAUUUCUUGUCUGCACAAUAGUGGUUUCAUUUAUGAUUUUAUUUUAACCAAACUUGCACAGAACUUGUAUCACCAUAAGAUCUCGGUUCCUUUCUUGAACUGGCCAGAUCCCAUUAUGGGUUCCAGAGUUACAGCCCCUGAAAGGGCCAAAAUUAGGUAUUUUGACCUUGUCUGCACAAUAGCAGCUUCAUUUAUGAUUUGAUUUUUACCAAACUUGCACACAACUUGUAUCACCGAAAGAUCUUUGUUCCUGUCUUGAACUGGCCAGAUUCCUUCAUGGGUUCCAGAGUUAUGGCCCCUGAAAGGGCCAGAAUUAGCUAUUUUGACCUUGUCUGCACAAUAGCAGCUUCAUUUAUGAUUUGAUUUUAAUAAAACUUGCACAAAACUUUUGUCACCAUAAGAUCUCGGUUCCUUUCUUCAACUGGCCAGAUCCCAUAAUGGGUUCCAGAGUUAUGGCCCCUAAAGGGCCAAAAUUAGCUAUUUUGACCUUGACUGCACAAUAGCAGCUUCAUUUAUGAUUUGAUUUUAACCAAACUUGCACACAACUUGUAUCACCACAAGAUCUUUGUUCCUCUCUUGAACUGGCCAGAUUCCUUCAUGGGUUCCAGAGUUAUAGCCCCUUAAAGGUCCAAAAUUGGCUAUUUUGGCUUUUGCAGCCAUAUAGAGACUUCAUUUAUUGUUUGAUUUAAUACAAACUUCCAAAAUAUCUUCAACAACAAUAAAUCUUGGAUUCCGUGACGAACCUGUCAGAUCCAAUUAUAGGUUCCAGAGUUAUCUUAUAUCUGAUUACCUCCCCUGAUUGUAAUCAGAAUGGAUUUAUAUCAGUAAGUACUUAUAGGACUUAUUUGAAAUUUCAUUAUUGUUGGACUGAGACAAUCAGGGUAGAUAACUAUGGACUGAUUUUAUGUCAAAUUACCUCCCUUUAUUUCAAAUUAAAAUGGGUUAUCUCUGUAACUAAUGAAGAUACUGAUCUGAAAUUUCAUUUAUGUCAACAGAUGGACUUGGACAAUCAGUGAAGAUACAUAUUGACUGAAUUUAUGACAAAUUACCUCCUUUAUUUUUUAUCUAAAUGAAUACACCUUAACAGCUUCUAAUGAGAUUGGUUUGAAACGAUCAUAUCAUUUUGAGCAAUGGUACUCAGGUGAACGGCACAGGGCCCUCUUGUUUGAUUUUUAGAUCGGUGCCGGGGGUGCCAGUAAUGAUCUGUUAUUGGUGGAGCCGGUAUGGCGCAGUUUAUAUUAGAUCGUGGGCAAAUUUGAUCAGGAGUAUGGGGAAAACGUAGAGUAUUUUAUGCAAACAGGACACUUAUCUUGGCAUGUUGGUUGCUAUGUCAUGAUGCUUUUGCAAUUAAGGGAUGGCAGGAAUAGUAAGGGAUGUCAAAUAUACAGCUCAAAGCUGGAGGGCAUGUCACAUCCGACAUGUGAUAAUAGCAUGGCGAGAACCCUGCUGUUACAUAUAAAGAAUAAAUUAAUGCUGUUUCAGUUUCAAGGAACACCAUAGGUUAACUUACCACCAUUAUGUAAUCAACAUUAACUGCUCACCCAGUUUUGUUUUUUUUCCCAACCAGUCACAUGCAAGUCAUUUUCAUAUAUUUCCAUUACUUAUUGAUGACAAGUGUACAGACUAUACAAUACAUGUGUCUAUAAAGAGGGUUAUUAAGCGACUGAUCUGUUUACAACUGCAUUGAAAAAGUAGUAAAACUUUAAGUCAAAUAGAAGCUAUGAAGUGAAAUCUUCAAACCACAGUUGGUGACUAUGAUUUCAAUCUAUGUUUAAACCAUAUCUGUCUUGGUAGUAGAGAAAGCAAAGUAUUAAUUCUAACACUGUCGUUGCUUCACAGGCUGCUGAAUUCUUACUCAUAACCCAAAUUUUACAGUUUACUUCAACAGAUGAGUUCUGCUGUAGUUACUCGGACUAUAAUAAUUAUCCUUACUUCUGAAAUGAAGACACACAACAUUGCAAUACUUUCAUGACUUUGGAAAAUAACGGCCAUUUAAAAACAAUUCAUUAUAUUCUUGUUGAAAAUGCCUUAGAUAUACCAUUAUUAGCUUGUAUUUCCUUCAUGAUAUUGUACUUUUUUAAGCUCAUUGUUUAAAAUGUUCCUAGCUCUUACAUGAUUGAGCAGUUUGAAAUGUUUCUGAACUUGUUUUGACCAACAUAUAUAUGCAAUAAUUAUGUCAUUUACACCAGAAAUGUCUUUGCUACUUGUUCUAUUGUUAAUGAGAAUUUUCGAAGACAUAGUGGUUGAAGCAUAUAAUGAAAUUAAAGUGCUAAAUUGUUCUUGUGUUCACAAACUGUCUACACCAUUUUGAUAAGAAAAUAAAUGAAAUAAUCAGA